AUGGCUCUCUCCGCCACCAUCAAGACCCCCAACCUCACCUAUGAGCAGCCUCUGGGCCUGUUCAUCAACAACGAGUUUAUCAAGAGUGUCGAGGGCAAGACCUUCGAAACCAUCAACCCCACCGACGAGAAGCCCAUCACCGCCGUCUUCGAGGCCACGGAGCAGGAUGUCGAUAUCGCCGUCAAGGCCGCCCGUGCGGCCUUCGAGGGUGCCUGGCACACCGUGACCCCUUCGGACCGUGGCCGCAUGCUCACCAAGCUGGCCGAUCUGUUCGAGCGCGACAUGGAAACCCUCGCCGCCAUUGAGGCCCUCGAUAACGGCAAGGCCGUCACCAUGGCCAAGAUCGACAUCGCCAAUGCCGCCGGCUGCCUGCGCUACUACGGUGGCUGGGCCGACAAGAUCACCGGUCAGACCAUUGAUACCAACUCCGAGACCCUCUCCUACACCCGCCACGAGCCCGUCGGUGUCUGUGGCCAGAUUAUCCCCUGGAACUUCCCCAUCCUGAUGUGGGCCUGGAAGAUUGGCCCCGCUAUCGCCGCCGGUAACACGGUUCUCAUCAAGACGGCCGAGCAGACCCCACUGUCCGGCCGGCUUCCCCCCGGUGUGAUCAACGUCAUCUCCGGCUUCGGUCGCACCGCGGGUGCCGCCAUCUCUAGCCACAUGGACAUCGACAAGGUCGCUUUCACCGGUUCCACCGUCGUCGGCCGCAUGAUCCUGCAGGCCGCUGCCAAGAGUAAUCUGAAGAAGGUCACCCUCGAGCUCGGUGGCAAGUCCCCUAACAUUGUCUUCGACGACGCCGACAUUGACAACGCCAUCUCCUGGUCCAACUUCGGUAUCUUCUUCAACCACGGCCAGUGCUGCUGUGCCGGUUCCCGCCUGCUGGUCCAGGAGGGUAUCUACGACAAGUUCAUCCAGCGCUUCAAGGAGCGUGCCGCCAAGAACCAGCUCGGUAACCCCUUCGCCGCGGACACCUUCCAGGGUCCCCAGGUCUCCCAGCUCCAGUUCGACCGCAUCAUGGAGUACAUCAACCACGGCAAGAAGGAGGGUGCCACCGUUGCGAUGGGUGGUGAGCGCCACGGCACGGAGGGGUACUUCAUCCAGCCCACUAUCUUCACGGACGUGACUCCCAACAUGAAGAUUGCCCAGGAGGAGAUCUUUGGCCCUGUCAUUGCUGUCACCAAGUUCAAGGAUGAGGCCGAGGCCAUCAAGAUUGGCAACAGCACCUGCUACGGUCUCGCCGCUGCCGUCCAUACCAAGAACGUCAACACCGCCAUCCGCGUCUCCAACGCUCUCAAGGCCGGUACCGUGUGGAUCAACAGCUACAACUUGAUCUCCUACCAGGCUCCCUUCGGCGGCUUCAAGGAGUCUGGCAUGGGCCGUGAGCUCGGUUCGUACGCCCUGGACAACUACACCCAGGUCAAGACCGUGCACUACCGCCUGGGUGAUGCCCUGUUUGCGUAA